AUGGUUUGGUUUCUGAUUCUCAUCUGGUUUGUCCAAGUGGGCAGUGUUCCCAUCGCCAAUUUCACAAAUGCUACUACUUCAAAUUCUGCUUUCCCUGCCACAGUGUACAAUUCUACAAACCCCAUCAACAAUUCUACAAAUGUGACUUUCACUGACACAGAGGACUUACAGUUCGACAUUGCUAUUGUGGAGGGAGACAUUAUGAUUUCGGAAGACCGAUUAGCUGUGAAGUCACUUUGGCCAGAGAAAGAAGGCGUCACUUCUAUCCCCUACAAGAUCAACGAUGAUCUCGUGGACAGAAAGAGAACCAUACUAGCAGCGUUCAAGCUCAUUUCAGACCAGACGUGUAUCCGCUUCCACGAAUACACCAAUGAGAUUAACUACAUCGAGUUCAUCUCUGGGACAGGCUGUGCUUCGUAUGUAGGACUUCAGGGUGGGGCCCAGCCUCUGUACUUCGGUAGAGCCUGCAAUGUGGGGAACCUGUGUCAUGAGCUGAUGCAUGCCCUGGGCCUGCACCACGAACACACACGGCCUGACCGUGACCAAUACGUCACCAUACAGUGGGACAAUGUGGUCCCAGGAAAAGCAAAGAACUUUGUGGUGAAGAAAGGAGACACUCAGGACCUGCCCUAUGACUACGACUCCAUAAUGCACUACGGAACAUACUACUUCUCAUCAAACCGGAACCCCACUAUUGGCUCCAAGAAGAGUGGAGUCCAGAUUGGACAGAGAAAUCACCUGAGCCCCCUGGACAUAACACGCCUUAACAAACUCUAUCAAUGUGAAUAA